AUUAAAAAAAGAAAGAGGUUUCUCAAACUUGAAGGAGAGAUCCAAUGGAGAAACUAACAAUUUUGCUCAUCUCUCUCCUACUUAUCUUCAUAGUUUCACGUUCAUGGCCUCCUCUUAUAACAUUCAAGUUAAAACUCAAAGGCUCAUUUGAACAACACAAUUUUUGGUUCAAAUCCAAGAUUGAUCACUUCAGUGAGAUCCCUCACCACCCAUUAGACCCACUUACAAUUGAAGAAAUCAAAAGGGCAAGAGCCAUUCUCUUCUCAUACCGACCUCUUUCAUCCACUUUCCCUUCAAUUCACUCGUUGACUUUGGAAGAGCCGUACAAAUCUCAAGUGUUGGGCUGGAAAAAUGGUGACCCCAUUCCUCCAAGGAAGGCUUUUGUUAUAGCUCUUCUCAAUGGUAAGUCCCACUUGGUCACUGUGGAUUUGGGCUUGGGCCGGGUCACGAGACAUGAGAUAAGCUCAAGUUCUGGGUACCCGAUGUUAACCUUAGAUGAUAUUUCCAAGGCCGUGGAGGUAGCACUUUUGUAUCCCGAGUUGGCUGAAUCUAUCGCCGCAAGAGGUGUUGCCUUGUCGGAAUUGGUUUGCAUAUCGCCCUCGGUGGGCUGGUAUGGGCCCAACGAGGAGGGGAGGAGGAUCGUCAAGGUCCAAUGCUUUUCGAGCGGGAACACGUCUAAUUUCUAUAUGAGGCCCAUUGAGGGUCUCAUUUUGACGGUGGACCUUGAUAAGAGAGAGGUAGUUAAAUUUUCUGACACGGGUCGGGCCAUCCCGGUCCCGAGGGCGGUUAACACUGAUUACCGCUACUCGGCCCAAGAGAAGCCUCCUGAGAUGAGACAACUAAACCCUAUUUCACUCGUGCAACCCAAUGGGCCGAGCUUUAGUGUUGAGGGCGGGCACGUCGUGAAAUGGGCCAAUUGGGAGUUCCACCUUAGGCCGGACCCCCGAGCGGGCAUGGUGAUUUCCCGGGCCACGGUUCGAGAUUCGGAGACCGGGGAGCUAAGAAGCGUGAUGUACAAAGGGUUUGCUUCGGAGUUCUUUGUACCUUAUAUGGAUCUAGAUGAGGGUUGGUACUUUAAGACAUACAUGGAUGUGGGUGAGUUUGGGCUUGGGGCUCUAGCCUCAUCACUUGUGCCCUUGAAUGAUUGUCCAAACUACUCCUACUAUAUGGAUGGGGUUUUUGCGGCCUCAGAUGGUGGGCCAUAUAUUCAGCCCAACGUGAUUUGUAUCUUCGAAAGAUAUGCUGGUGAUGUUAGCUGGCGACACUCAGAAACUCUUAUCCCUGGUCUAGAGGCUAGAGAAGCUAGAAGGAAGGUAACUCUUGUGGCUCGGAUGGCUGCCACAGUUGGAAACUAUGACUAUACCUUCGAUUGGGAAUUUCAAACUGAUGGUUUGAUUCAAGUCAAGGUUGGGCUCUCGGGUAUGCUUAUGGUAAAAGGGAGUCCUUAUGAGAAUGUACAAACAAUGCCAAACCAAGAAGAAAUAAGUAGUACUCCUCUAGUGUCUGAAAACGUCAUUGGGGUGGUUCAUGAUCACUUUGUUACUUUCCACCUUGACAUGGACAUAGAUGGACCCAACAACUCAUUUGCUAAGGUUGAUCUGGUCAAGGAAGAGACUUUGCCAGGUGAGUCGCCGAGGAAGAGCUACCUAAAACCUAAGAGACACAUAGCCAAGACCGAAAACGACGCGAAGAUUAAGCUUGAUCUCUACAAACCGUCAGAAUUCUAUUUGAUCAAUCCAUCCCGGCGGUCUAGAUUGGGAAACCCUACGGGUUAUAAACUCGUUCCCGGUGGAACUGCAGCCAGUUUGCUUGAUGCACUUGACCCUCCACAGAUAAGAAGUGCUUUCACUAACAAUCAGAUAUGGGUGACUCCCUAUAACCGGAGUGAGCAAUGGGCUGGUGGGCUUUUGACGUAUCAAAGCAAGGGAGAUGACACACUUGCAGUCUGGUCUGAGAGGAACCGUCCGAUUGAGAAUAAGGACAUUGUGUUGUGGUACACCAUGGGAUUUCAUCACAUACCCUGUCAAGAGGAUUUUCCAAUAAUGCCCACGGUGACGUCAAGCUUUGAUCUAAAGCCAGCCAAUUUCUUUGAACGCAAUCCUAUUUUAAGGAUUCCACCUGCUUUUGAACAUGACUUUCCUGUUUGUAGGCCAUCAAGUGAGAAUAAGAACAAAUACUAGUCCCCUUGUCCAUUUUAAAUACGAGUAAUUUUAGAUGAUUUUUAAUGAGUAAUUAAUGUUAGGGAACCAAUUUAUGUAUUAAAUACAAGUUUAGGACUACGUAACAUGUAUAGCAGCAGUUAGACAUGUAUUUCUAUCCCUAUAGUGCAUAUUUUGUAAUGUUAUAAAAAUCUAAUAUUUAAA